CUCAUAAAUUAAAAUGUCAAAACCAUAAGUUAAUAAACCUGUUUCUUCUUUAAACUACUGUUAUUUUUUCUUUAUAUUUAUUUUUCAUCAUUCAAAUUACAUUUGCGAUCGAGAGAGCAUAGUAGUAGGGGAGCCGCCAUUGCACGAUAUAAAUGGAAUUUAGGCCUUGGAAGGUAAGGUUUGGUGUUAUAGUAAAUGAUUCACUGAAUGUUUAUUUCAAUGUAGUAUUUAAAAUGUAAAAACCGUAAGUUACAUGUAAAUUGUUUAUUUAUUCCAUCAAGAAUUUUCAUGGCCAUAAAAAAUUUGCCAACUCGAACCCCGUCCUAGAUAACUUCGCCAAAAUGGCUACGUUGACAUUUAAUUAAGUACGAAUUUCAUCCUUUUUUUAAUGAUUAAUUGGCUAUUUCAUUUUUAAGAACUAUUCAGUGUAUUUCAAAAGAAUAAUAUUGACUAGUGAUAAUAAUGUUUAUAUCCUGGUGUACACGUGAUAUCACCUGAAAUACCAAUUCGCCAAGAGGUGAAUGACCUGUUUUACUGAUGUUAAGAGCUCUAUCACCAAAUAAUUGUUACCCAAGGAAUCCUUUAAUGAUGGAACAAGAAUUUUGCCUGAGGUGGAACAACCAUAAAUCUAAUCUUACUGAAGUACUUUCAAAGUUUCUUGAAAAGGAAUCCUUAGUUGAUGUUACUUUAGCUGUAACUUGUGAUAAUGAUGAUUUUAAAACAUUCAAAGCUCACCAAGCUAUACUUUCAGCUUGUAGUCCAUAUUUUGAAAAGUUAUUCUUACAAAACCAACAUCCACAUCCCAUAAUCUUUUUGAGAGAUGUUACUGCUGUUGAAAUGCAAGUAUUAUUACAUUUCAUGUAUAACGGUGAAGUUAAUGUUAAGCAAGACGAACUAGCUGGUAUACUUAAAACUGCCACAGCAUUGCAAAUAAGAGGAUUGGCUGAUUCAAGGGAUAGCCAAAAGUCUGAUGAAUCACAAGUAUUUGAACAGAAUUCUAGACCGUCUCAUGAUAAUAGAAUUACAAGACCUUCCUCUCCUUCUGAAAGGCGGAAAAGAAAAUUGUCAGGUGGUUCUGAUCAAGCUGGACCAUCAUUUCAAGGCUGUACUUCAGAAAAAUUCUCUCCAGAACCUCAGGCAAACUUUUCCUCCUCAGCUCCUCAUACACCACAGUCUCAAUCCCCUGCUAAAUUUCUUCAUUUGUCUUCCUCAGAACUGAGUGACCCAAAUGUACCUGUGAUUAAACAUGAAGCUGUCCAGCCUGAUGAAGAUUCAUUUGAUGAAGCUCAACAUGUAGAAGAUGGAAAGGAUGAAAAGGGACAAGGAUCCUCCAUGAAGAUGGAGUAUGAGCAAGGAGCAUCUCUUCAAGAUCCUUCGGACAUAUUAGACGUGUGGCGUGGGCGGAGGGUUAAGGGCUAUGAUGGUUUAUUCUUGAGGCUCUCACCAGUUCUCUUCGAGUGCUGCCUUUGUGGGAAAGCGGUGACCAACAAGUGGCACCACGCCAACAGUCACCUCCCGCAGGCUCUCCCCUGCCCAUAUUGUGACAAUAGCUAUUCGCGAAAAGACAAUCUCAAAUAUCAUAUUAAAAACAAGCACCCAAAUAAAGUCUCUUAGAUCAUUAAGCAAAAUACUCCUUUUUUGAUUAAAAGAAAAAAAUAAUGAAGUGUGAUAAUAAAGGUAAACCCUCCUAAUCCUACAUCCUCCUCCAUAAGCAUUCAUCUAUAUGAAGAAGACUUUUUCAGGCUCAAGAUCUAUUCAUAUGAAGAUGGCUUUUGAUCGAUUGCCAGGGUGCUCAAACCUUCAUCGUUGUCGACUGUGUGGAAAGGUUGUGACACAUAUCCGUAAUCAUUACCAUGUACAUUUCCCAGGAAGGUUUGUUUGCCCUAUAUGCCAGGCAACUUACACAAGAAGUGAUAACUUAAGAACACACUGUCGUUAUAAACACUCUCUUUCAGAAACUCUUGCAAAAAUUAGUGAACCAAAGUCUGACAUCAGCACAGACGGUGCAGCUUGAAGUUAUAUUCCCCUCCAAUGAAUGUGAUAUUAAUACAGUGAUAUUUUUAUUAUAAGGAAAGUUAAACUUUCCUUUAAAGAAAAAAAUAUAUAUAUUUGUAGAAAAGUGAUAUGAAAUAUAUUUUUAAAAUUUUUAUCUUACCAGUGUAGCUGUUCAAAACAGCAAAAGCCUUCCAAGUCAUUAAUAUUAGGAAUGGGAUAGGCAAUUUAUUCCAUAUUCUUGAUCACUGUGAGUGUAAAAGAAUAAAAUAAUUUAUACCAAAUGUUUCAAAGUGCAUUAUAUUAGUAUUUAAACAAUUUGACAAUAACUUAAUUAGAAAUGAUUUAAAAUCUGCUUUAAAAACUCACCAAAUAACUUCUUUUUUUUUAUCUGUGAAUAGUCAGGUAAGAAUGAAAUGAUAACGGGUUAGAAGUGUAUGAUUGUUAAAAACAUUUAAUGGAUGUGUGUGCGUGUGUGUGUGUAUAAAACACUCACAAUAAUUUCUUUAUAGUGCAAUUGUUUUUAUUUUUAUUAUCUGGUUUUAUUGGCAUUAAAAUGUCAAUGUUACUGAUAUUGAUUUGUAUAUCUGUUCUGUAUUAUAUAUGAUAUUCUGUUGCAGUAAUGUUUUUAUUUUAAAGUUUUAUCUGGUUUAAAAUUGUAAAUAGAGAAUAUAUAGGUGAUAUAUAAAUAUAUAUUCAAAUAAUAUAUUUAAAUUAUAAUUUAUGUUUAUGUAAUGAAAAAUAUAUAUAUAUGUAUAUGUUUCAAUAUGUUAUUUUGAGUAUCAUCCAUUCCAAACUUUCAUACCAAAGAAUUGUUUCUUAAAAUACUUCUUGAAUAGUUAUACAUUUAUGAAACAUUAAUGCAUGCAAUAAGUAUUUUGAAAUCAGCUAUAAUAUUUAAGCAUACUUAUUUUAUUUUCAUAUGAAUUUGUUAUUGGAAUAUAGAAAUUUUGUGCAAUCUUUAUCAUUUUUUGGUAUUAAACACAAUAAAUUGUUGAAAUUUAUGUUAAAUUGAUUUAUGUAUAAUUUUUAAAUACAUGUGAUGAAAACAGUUGAUGUGAGACCAUUUAACUGUUUUUAUUUUUAUUUAUCUCCCUUAAUAACUGCGUUCAAAGAGUACCAAAUCUAUCCAUGUAUGUAAACCCCACAAGUAUAAUUUAGUUAAAAUAUUUUAAGUUCAUUUUUAUCCCUAUGAAAUAAUGAUUAAUGUUCAAUCAUACAAACACAAUUUAUAGAAUAAAAAAUAAAUCAUAAGUGAAAACUGAAAUUUGU